CAUCCGAGAAGCAAGAUGAGCGCAUUUCCUCUCCGUCCGCCGUGUCCUUGGUACACCACGAUCUGGGAAGCGAAUGGGGGAGCCGAGGGGGCCAGCAGACAGCACGCUGCCGCCCGCCGGGGCACGGCUCGGCUCCUAGGGCUGGCGGGGGUGGUUUGAAGGAGGAGGGGAACAACGAACCAGAGAGCAGCGGCAGCCCGGGCGGGGCGGGCUCCUGCCCCUCGCCGCACGGAGCCGCCGCCGCCCCGACAGCGCCGGUGAGCGCGGAGCGCCCGGGAGCGGGGCCGCCCGACCCGGCCCGGCCCGGCCCAGCCCCGACUUCCUGGCUGUGCUUCAGUGGCGGGUGACUGAAUUUAGUCUUCUCUGCAUCACAGUGAUAGUAGUAAUGUGAAGUUUAAUGAGCACCUGCAAAGCUGCGUAGCAGUGGCAGCUGUAUCAUAUCUCUGAAUACUUGCAGAGGUGGCAGUGAUAACAGCAAAUUGGAGAAGAAUAUGGCGCAUUACUAAGGACUUCCAGCAAACUUUUGUUCUUGACUAGAUCUUCAUAAAUGCAGCAGAAGCUUUUUUCAGACUACACACUCAAAGGCCAAAAGGGAGGGAACUGCCAUGCCCGUGGGACUCUUCCGGGUGUGCCUACUGGUGAUUACAGCUAUUGUCAACCACCCGCUCUUCUUCCCAAAGGAGAAUGGCACUGUCCCCGAGAACACGGAAGAAAUCAUCCAGAAGAUGAAGGAGCGGGAGGAGAGCCUUCGGCUGGAGCAGUUGCGCUUGGAGCAGGAAAUAGCAGACCAGGAAGCCUCRCAGAAGGCUCUGGAAAAGGCUGCAGAGGUAGUGGAGGAAAGCAAAGAGGGAACGGUCCGAUGGGAUAUGUGGACUGCCCUUUCCAUGGUCAUCUUCCUGCUGAUYGAGCUCUGGAGGCAGGAUUUCCAGGAAGGGAAUUGGCAGGACAUAGGAGGAGAAGAGGAUGACAUGGCAGUCCUGGGGAAAGCAUUUAAAGGAGUGGCCUUCCCUGACAAGGCUGUCYUGGCCAGCUUCUAUGAGAAGCGCAUUCUGGGUACCACCGGAGACAUGGCCAGGAUGCGGGAGAUGGUGGARGGCUUUGCAGAUGACCUGCUGGAGGCCUUGAGGAGUGUUUGUAACCGGGAUGCCGACAUGGAAGUGGAAGAUUGCAUGGGUGUGGGGAGCAUGUACGAGAACUGGAGAGUGCGUAAACCCUUUGUCUGUGAUCUGAUAGUGCCUUUUGCCCCCCCAGAGCCUUACUGCUUUCGCUGCCAGACCUGGUGCUCUGGUGAUUCUUUUCCCCCAGAUGAACAAGGUUAUGGCAUUAUCAAGGUGUGCAGGGCAGAUGAGGAUGYGACAGGUUGCAUCUGUGACAAGACUAAACUUGGGGAAGAUAUGCUGUGCCUCCUCCAUAGCCAGGUSAGCAGUACCAGGCCCAGCAGUGAGAUGGAAGACCUCCUGUGCUUCAAAAAUACUCAAUAUCUGGAUGCCGACCAAGUCAUGAAGUGGUUCCAGAUUGCCGUCACUAAGGCCUGGAACCGAAUCUCCCACAAGUAUGAAUUUGACCUUUCCUUCAGCCUCCUGGACUCGCCAGGAGCUCUGAAGAUAAAAUUUAAAUCAGGGAAAUCAAUUGCCUUCAACCUCACCCCUGUGGUGCAGUAUGAGAACUCUGACGUUUACUUCAUCUCCCACUUCCCUCGGAGCAGCCUGGCAGCAGACAUCCCCUCCAGCACCCACUGGUUUCUCACCUUCGCCGUGUAYGAGAGGAGGUUCAUCCAGCUGGUGUCCAAAACACUGCCUGCCAAUGCCUGCCAUGUCAGCUGCCUUCAGAUCCUCUCCUUCCUCCACGGCAAGCAGUGCAGCCUCACAGGCCCCAGCGGGCUCACCAACUACCACCUGAAGACAGUGCUGCUGCAUCUCCUGCAGGCGCGUCCCAGCCAGGACUGGGCCCCAGAAAAGUUGGAGGCCCGCCUGCAGGACAUGCUGAAAUUCCUGGAGAAAUGUUUGCAUGAAAAGAAGCUCUAUCACUUUUUUAUUGGCAAUGGGAAGGUGCCAGCAGAGCUGGGUUUCCCCAUCAUAUUUCAGAGGGCUGAGCCUCUCAACCUUUUCCGUCCCUUCGUGCUACGCAGGGAYAUUUACAGGAAGACGGUGGACACGUUCCACGAGAUGCUCAGGAACAUGUCUGCACUGAUAAAUGAGUACACAGUGCACAUUCCCCUCGCACACACCAACGGGAUCCAUAAGGAAUCCCUUUAACCAAAGGCAAACUCUAAGCACAAGUCCAGAGGGCGACUUUCUGAAGCCUGCUGGAGACAACUGACUUUGACAAUACAGCUUCUUGUCUGGAGCUGAACCAGUCCUGGGCCRUGGUUCCUGCAGAAAGGAAGAGGCRGGGGCAGAAUAGGGAGAAACUGGAAGAUGAGGUGUUGAAAUASUUUUCUGUUCCACUGCUGUGCUUGGUUUUAUGCAGCUAAGAAUAUAUUUUUCUAUUGURUCUCAGUCAUGCUACAGCAGUGGUGAGCAACAAAUAUAAGUAAUUUAUUCAGAUGCCUGCAAUGCAAAUGGGGGUCAGGGGUGUGAUGGUGGCCAAAUAGUUCAUUUCCUUUAGAAGGGGGAGAUAAGAACAGGGUGGGGGAAUCAGAWGAGACAGGAUCUUGGGAUCAAAGGAGCCCAUCUGCUUGCAGACAGCAGGAGCUCUUCCACCAAUGGGAAGUGCAACAGAAGACUCCGUGCUGAUGUGGAGAGGAGGAGGGUCAUGCACAAGAUCUGGACUGCAUGGAGAGCCUUAAAUAAAACACAGCUUCAAAAGGGAACUGUGGUUAAAAGAAAA